AUGCCCAUCCAAUUGGAAGACGAUGUUAGCAUCCCCGAUCUUGAGUCUAGAGGAUAUCCGAGAUUGGCUCUGAUUAGUAUAUUCACCAGGUUGAUAAACUCGGUUCGAAUAUUUAAUGUACCGAUCUUGAACUUUAUAAUCAUGGGGGUAUUGGGUACAUUUUUAAUGAAACUUACAACAAAGUAUACUUCCUUGUAUAUGAGAAGCUCUCUUAUAACAAUUAUAGUCACCAAUUUAGUGUUAUAUGGAAUUUCUGAAUCGUUGGCUCAAUCUAUUUUGUGUUUUAAUAAGACUAGACCUCUUAUAGCCUACGAUUUAAGUGAACCUAGUCACACUGGAUUAGGGUUCAAUUCUAAUGACAUUCAACCACAACAUCAUGGGAACACUUCUGUUGCAUCCUAUGAAUAUGAUAGUGACGAUGAAGGUGUAGAAAGGUUUUUGGAUUACAUUCAAGAAGAACCAGAUUCGAUGAGCGAUCCUGGUAGAUAUUCAUAUGAUUCUCCAUUCCCCGCUACCAUUCCGUAUGUUCCACUUUCAUAUUAUAAUUUCCAUAGACUUGCCGGAUUUAUGUGUUGGGGGUUAAUUAUGUCCUUUGCUCAAUGUUGGUGGUACAAGUUUCUCUUAAUUUAUUCAAAAGAUCCUAAAUUCAUUGAGGUUUUGCGUAAAGUUUUAACUGACCAACUUUGUUUCUCCCCAGUGUCACUUUUCUGCUUUUUUACCUAUGGUACCAUGAUGCUUGAGAAUGGUACAUGGGAAGAUACAAAGUCUAAAUUGUCGAAAAUUUACUUUAAAACAUUAUUGAUCAAUUAUUCAGUUUGGGUCCCCAUUCAAUUCAUAAACUUUUUGUUUGUACCGAGAAGUUUCCAAGUACCAUUCAGUAGUUCGAUUUCAGUUUUAUGGAACUGUUUCUUAUCCAUGAGAAACUCUCAAGAGAAUUAA